ACUAAACCAAAUAAACCAAGUUAUUAUUCGAUCCCAAGAAACAAUUCCAAUUUAAUUCUUCUGAUCGAUCAUCAACUAACAUACCAAAUAUGGCAUCAAGACAGCCCGCCAGGACGGAGAAAGCGGAGGCCGACGCCCGGGCCGCCGCCGACGAGCUCAGCCAAGUUAACAAAGAGAGAAGAGAGUGCCGCCAAAGUAUACUUCGUGAAGCCGCUCAUCACCGUCCUCCGCAGGGACACGGAGUAGAGGAGGACGCGGAGCGGAAGCCCAGCGUCAUCGGCGGCUUCAUCAAGUCCGUCCAAGGCACUCUCGGCCACGCCAAAGAUGCCGUCACCGGAAAAGCCGGGGAUGCCGCCGACGCCGCCAAGGGCGCCGCCAAUGCGGCGGCCGGAAAGGCCGCCGAGUACCGCGAUUACACCGCGGAGAAGGCGAGGGACGCCAAAGACGCGACCGCCGGGAAGGCCGCCGAGUACCGCGAUUACACCGCCGAGAAGGCGAGGGACGCCAAAGACGCGGCCGCCGGAAAGGCCGCCGAGUACCGCGAUUACACCGCCCAGAAGGCGAAGGACGCCAAAGAUGCGACGGUGGGAAAAGCCGCCGAAAUCCGCGACUACACCACAGAGAAGGCGAGGGACGCGAAAGACGCGACUGUAGGAAAAGCCGCUGAACUCCGUGAUUAUACCGCGGAGAAGGCGAGGGAUGCAAAAGAUGCGACCGCCGGAAAAGCCGCCGAGUACCGUGAUUAUGCUGCGGAGAAGGCAAAGGGUGCGAAAGAUGCGACAAGCGGAAAAGCCGCCGAGUACCGCGAUUAUACGGCGGAUAAGGCGAAGGAGUACGGAGAUUACACGGCGGAGAAGGCGAGGGACACAAAGGAUACGACGGCCGGAAAAGCCGCCGAGUACCGCGAUUAUACGGCGGAUAAGGCGAGGGAGUAUGGAGAUUAUACGGCGGAUAAGGCGAGGGAGUACGGAGAUUACAUGGCGGAGAAGGCGAGGGAGUAUGUGGAUUACACGGCAGGGAAAACGAGGGAGUACGGGGAUUACACGGCGGGGAAGGCGGGAGAAGGGAAGGACAGUGCGGUCGGGAAGCUGGGGGAGUUGAAGGACUCGGCGGCGGAUGCCGCGAGGAGGGCGAUGGGCUUCUUGACGGGAAAGAAGGACGAAGCGGUGAAGAAGGAGGAGGAGACCGGGCAAGCAGCCAAGGAAAAGAUGAAUGAGAAUAAGGAGGAUAUGAGGAGGAAAAUGGAGGAAAUGCAACUUAAGGACGAGUAUGGCAAAGAAGAUGACCGGGCACACCUUGACCAGGCUCCAAGGGACUACACUGAGAAGAGUGGGGAAGGAGGAGGAAUCUUGGGUGCACUAGGGGGAAUGAAGGACAGAAUUAUGGACACCCUAGGGCCAAAGCACCCUACUACUAAUACUACCACCUACGAGGCCGAACUCGCCGGGGAGCCAAGAAUCACGAGGGUGGUGGUGGACGUGGAGGAGAAACCAACGGGAACCACCACGGGAGUGGCGGAGAAAACGGCGGGGACGUUGAAGGCGUCCGAGAUCGGGCAGACGUUCAACGACGUGGGCCCGAUCAACAAAGAGGGGAUGGCAAAAUGGAGCCCCUAGCUAGUGCAUUUCUAGUGCUUUGAUAUUAU